UGGAUCAUUUGGCAAUGUGAGCAAUACAUGCAUGUUUUACUUAUCUGCCAUUAAAUAAAGUACCUAUAGUUAACAGUCAAAAACAAAGGCCCAGGGUUUGAUCAUCUAUUUUUUUCUACAAAUACUGGUGUAAAGGCCAUACAGGGUUGUCACUAGAACUUACUUUGCCCCAUAAGUCUUUAGAACCCCAAAGGGGCCUACGUUUUUAGCCUGACUGGAACCCUUCUAUGUGGGUGUGCCUGUGUGUUUUUUUUAGAAAUGCAUCUAAGUUGCUUCCAGUUUAGUGAAACUGGUCCUUUGCCCUUUAUCCAUUCUUGGGUAUCCCCUACCUAUAAAGUGGCCUGUGAUUGUGGAAUUAAUUUUACCCCCUUUAUGGCAGCCCUGGAUCUAAAUCAGAAGUCAGACAGAAAUGCCUAUUGAUAGGAACUCAGGAUGGCAGGCCUUAUUUAUUAUUUAUGUGGAGCAAAGCAGUUGGCAGAGGAUCUCUGUUGCUUAUUGAAUUAAAUAUUCUGUAUAUCAUUUUUAUGAUAUUAAAUAUUUUAUUGUAUAAAAUCCGAAUGUGAGAAUCAAAUACUUUAAAUUAUUUGCACAUUGUGAUGGUUUUCUAUAAUUUAUCCCUUCUCUUUUUUUAGGUUAUGUUAGCAUCAUUGCCCGACAGAAAGAAACCAGUGGCACUUAAGAUCCUUAAGAAAGAGAACAUCAAGCUUAAAGAAAGAUAUGAGACCGAAGUGAAGGUGAUGAAGCUGGCUUGGAAAUGUCCUUUCCUGUGCAACAUUCAUGCAGCAUUCCAAACACAGGUACAAUUAAGUGUCAUAUUGCAGUGAGGUGUGUUGAUGUAGUGGCCUCUUGCCAAGAGAACAUACAAUUUGCUUUAGAGGGGAAUAUCCCUAUGCGAGUCUCACAGGGCCCAGCAAAUUUAUACCUGAGUUCAGAUUGAGAGGAGACAUAGUUACUGCCGCAGUUGUCUUAAAUGACUGUUUUUAUUCGAAUACAUGAAAAAGAACUAAAAGUGUUUGCUGACUAGAAAAUAUUCUAUAGUUCACCUUGGCAGUGUAUCUACCGAUCAUUACAAAUGAGGUAUUGGAUCUCUUAUCCAAAAAAACGGUUAUCCAGAAAGCGCAAUAUUGCAGGAACGCCAUCUCCAAAUAAUGCAUUUAAAUCAAAUAAUUGAAAAAUUAAAAAAUAAUUUCCUUUUUUGCUGUAAUAAUACAACAGUACCUUGUGCUUGAUGGAAACUACGUAACAUGAAUCCAUAGUGGUGGCAAAACAAUCCUAUUCGUUUUUCUUUUUAAUGUUCAAGUUAUUAUUUAGUAGAGAUAAAGAAUGUUGAUCCAAAUUACGAAAAGAUUCCUUAUCUGGGAAACCCCAAGAACUAUAUUUGCAUAAUGCAUCACUCCUCACACAGGAGUAGGUCCGACUUGUGGUUCCAAAGAUAAUUUGUCUGAUUCUGUUGUACCUGCCCUAUUAUGGCUGAGCUACACAGCAGGGUUGGAGGUUGAUCUGGUCCUGGUUCCAGGGCAAAUGCUCAUAGUUGGUGAUCAGCACCAGGGUGCAGAAUUGAAGCAGAAGAACGUUGCAGUCACCAUGGUACUCAGCUAUGCCUAAGGAGUAUAGGGGUGAAGGGCUGCACUUGGAAUGUGGUUGCAGCAGUUCAGGAGAGGGGCCUGGGGAGGGGAUGUAUGGUCACUAAUUGAAUUUAGUUUUCUUUUAAUAUUGUUGUGCAGUGGUACCUAUGUAACAUGUGCUUUCUUUUUCUAAUUCUAUCCAGCUGCAUGCCUUCAUUGUGAUGGAAUAUGCAAGUGGAGGAAGCCUACAAGAUCUUCUCAACAACAGAGGCUAUCUGGACAUGGACUCCGUACUGUAAGUGACAUACAGCCUGGGGAGGUGCUUUUCUUCAUGUAGCAGCCAUACAUUAAAUGUGUAGUAAACACAGUAUGGCAACAACAUUUUGCCAGAGUGUAGCAGCAACACAAACACUGUACCAGUCCCUGACACACACACCACCUUGUCACCAGUCCAGGUAAUCCUUGUGGAUGCCUUGGCAGAAGCACAUUCCAGAGUUAAAACUAAACUUAGAUGCUAAAAGCCAAACUUUUUUCACUAAUGCACAUGCAAACAGCACAGGGCAGCAGCAGGGAUCCCAGGGACAGAAAGCAAGAUGGCAACAUGACACUCACUUACAUUGUCCUAUGGCUGAUGUGUUUUUUAUUAUGAUCAUAAUUCAUGAUUAUAAUCACUGGAGGAUGCUUAUAAAAUUGGCACCCCAGUAAUUAAGCCUUUCCUUGUCCUUUAAAGGUGUAAGGUAAAGAAUAUAUAUCCACUAUGUGCAUUUUUUGCUAAUUUUUUUCAAAGGUACUACGCAGCUGAGAUGGUGUGCGGCCUGCAAUUUCUGCACUCUGAAGGAAUCAUCCAUCGAGACUUCAAACCGGAAAACAUUCUGUUCAGCAACAAGGGACACAUCAAGAUUGCUGACUUUGGAUUGGCUGCUGAGAACGUAUUUGGCAACAAAACCAUCUCAGGAUCAAUUGGGACAUUGCACAACAUGGCCCCAGAGAUGGUCCAGUGUCACAUCUACAAUUCAGCAGUAGACUGGUGGGCUUUUGGGAUUGUCUUGAGCAAAAUGGCCACUGGAAGAUCACCUUUUUAUGAAGGCCGUAAAGCAGAGAAAUGCAUCCAUUUUAUCCUCAAUUGCCAGCCCAGCUAUUCAGAACAGCUCAGUACAGAACUGCAAGAUCUUCUGGAAAAGCUCCUAAAGAAGAAGCCAUACCAGCGGCUUGGGUUCAAGGGGGAUAUAAGGAUACACCCCUUUUUCAAAUCCAUCAACUGGAUCAAAGUAGAAAGACAAAAUGUCGAACCACCUUUCCAGCCAGAACCUCAACCAAAUCCUGACGUGAGCAUUCCAGCAAGUGCCUUAGAGGUCCUCAACAUUGACACCGCCUCAACUCACAGCUACAGUCUUCAGGACUUCACAUAUCUGAGUCCCAGCUGGCAGGCAUAAGCCCACUCACUACAACUGUGGGAGAGGAUACAUCAACUCGAAGUUCAGUUCCCAUCCAACUGGAAAACAUCUUAAUUUGUUCAAAAGCACACCAGUCUGCUGUAUGAAUUCACAGAUCCAUUUGCAGCUCUACCAUCAGCUUCACCUGAUGCAUCGUUGCUACAUAAAGAUCAGCAGCCAACUCCACAAGUCAUCAGUCCCACCAUCAAAUCCAUCUCUGGAACUACCAUCAAGUCCAUCUUGCAUUUCCAUCAAAGCUACUUCAUCACCUAUACUUCCAUCUCCAGGUGAAAACAUUGGGUCUGGCCUACCAUCAGUUGUAUCUCUGUAUGGACUUACUAAGCUACCCUCUCUAACCCUCAUAUAAAUGUGUAAAUGUGUAAGUAUUUUUAAAUGGUGGUAAGUAUUUUAAAUUGAUUAAAAGAGCUGGGAUCCUUUGGUUAUAUAAGUUUUGGCUAAAUGAUAUAACUAAAGGGCUCUUAUAAAACAGAUAGUAUCAAAUCAAACUAGACUUAGGGUAAUAGUAGAAAUGUAAAUUCAGAGGAUAGUUACAAGAGGAUAAUAAGGUAAAACUAACAUAGGCUGGAAAUAUAAAUAAUAUCAAAUAUAUAACUAAUA